AUGUUCCGGUCUGUCUUCUUCCUUGUUGUCGUCGCCUUUUUCGCCCUGAGCGCCGCCGCCUCGGAUUACUUCGAGCGACUCACCUUGACCCCCCUUCCGCUUGGCUCGCUUCUCGCGUCGUUCGACUUCCGCGCCAACGAGACAAUCACAGACUAUGAAUCGCAGAACUACAGAUUCUUUCCGCGGUCGUUGGGUCAGGCUUUAAGGCACGCAGACACAAAAGAACUCCACUUAAGAUUUACUACUGGGCGAUGGGACCCGGAAACAUGGGGCGCGCGACCAUGGAAUGGCACGAAAGAAGGCGGCACCGGCGUCGAGUUGUGGGCUUGGAUUGAAGCUACGUCGGAAGAAGAGGCCUUUGAGAAAUGGUCUACCCUAACACAGUCUCUCUCCGGCCUGUUUUGUGCGUCGUUGAACUUCAUUGAUUCAACGAGGACCACCAAACCCGCCUUGUCGUUUCAGCCAUUAGGCAGGUAUGGGGACGGCGAUCAAACCCUUCAUCUCCUCCAUGGCGUCCUUCCGGGAGAAGUGGUCUGUACGGAGAACCUGACGCCGUUUAUUAAGUUGCUCCCAUGCAAAGGAAAAGCGGGCAUAUCGAGUCUCCUGGACGGCCACAAGGUGUUCGAUGCCUCAUGGCAGAGCAUGGCCAUUGAUGUCAGACCGAAAUGUUCCUCUGGGACUGAGCCAUGCCAGAUGGAAAUCAGCCAGACGAUUGAUAUGGUUCUCGACAUUGAACGCUCCAAGCGCUCUCGCGACAAUCCUAUCCCAAGACCAGUGCCGGUGGAGCAGCUUGUGUGCGACGAAACAAAGCCUUAUCAUUCCCAAGAGGCAUGCUAUCCUCGAGAUAUGGUAGACGAGAUGCCGUGGUCUCUUAAAGAGGUCUUCGGGCGGUCAAUGGCUGGGGUGUGUCCGCUGGUCGAGUCUGAAGGUCCAGAAGCAAAGUCCGUAUGCUUGAAUGUUCCGCACGAGCGCAUGGUCCUGAUCGGCGUCAGCGGAUUCGAGGUGAAAUCGGAUCCUGGCCUGCCAGACUCGAGGUGCUAUCAAUUGAUGCCGUUGGAAGAGUUUGAUCUCGAACUUCCGCAACAGACCUUAGGCGGCAAAACAGACCUUGGUCACGAGCUACUGAGAGCAGAAAGGACCAUUACCGGCCAUGGAGCGGCUCGAGGGGGGAUGCGCACCGUCUUCACCAACCCCUCGCCAACAGAGCCUGUGAAGUUUGUUUAUUUCGAGAGUCUGCCUUGGUUUAUGCGGCCGUUUAUGCAUACGUUGAAAGCACAAAUCACGCAGACCGAAUUCCCUUUCGAGUGGCAGACCAUCACCGAUAUGUACUACCGUCCUGCUGUCGACCGAAAACGGAGCACACAACUUGAACUUGUCAUGUCCGUGCCGCCGGCCAGCACCGUCAUGCUCACUUAUGACUUCGAGAAGGCGAUCUUGCGAUACACCGAGUACCCGCCCGAUGCGAAUCGGGGCUUCAAUGUUGCCCCUGCAGUUAUCCGCAUCCUGAACGACACUGAUGGGAAUGGACCGUCAGACAAUAUCUACAUCAGGACCACAAGCUUGUUGUUACCGCUGCCCACGCCUGAUUUUAGCAUGCCGUAUAACGUCAUCAUUCUGACCAGCACCGUCAUGGCUCUUGCAUUUGGAAGCAUAUACAAUCUUCUGGUCCGACGCUUUGUGGGGGCGGACGAGGUGGGAGAUGGCAAGAUUCGAGGUCUGGUCAAGAGAGUCCGCGGCGUUAUUGUGGCAUUGAAGGAUAAAGUCGCAGGAAAGCGACAAAAAGUAGAGUAA